AUGAGCGCCGCUAAUGGUACGCUACACCAGGGCAUACUCGUGGAGGCAGGCUCCGCGGGGUUCAUGACCGAUUUGGUAUUCAACGGCGGCAAAUAUGGCCUCGAUGUCGGGAACCAACAGUACACCAACCGUAACUUGACGUUCAACAAUGUCGAAACUGCCAUCAACCAGCUCUGGGAUUGGGGAUGGACUUAUACUGGCCUCACAAUAAACAAUUGCAGAGUCGGUCUAAACUUGUCCGGGGAUGUAGGAUCGAUCACUUUGUUCGAUUCUGAAAUUAUCAACACACCUGUGGGCAUUCAAACAGUGAAGGCUAACAGCGAGCUGCCUGCUGCUGGCAGUAUCUACUUGGAGAACGUCAAGCUGGAAAACGUUAGAACAGCUGUACUUGGACCCAACGCGACGUACCUUGCAGGCUCAUCAGAUGCCACUGUCAUCGACGCCUGGGCUUACGGCCAUCGUUACCUUCCGAAUGGGCCUCGGAAGUCUCGUGGCCAUAUUGCACCUAGUGAAAGACCAGCGGACCUUCUCGAUGCCUCAGGGAAUUACUACGUGCGUUCAAAGCCGCAAUACGACUCCGAGCCGCUUACGUCGUUCCUUAGUGCUCGUGAUAUGGGCUGUACUGGUGAUGGCAAGACUGACGAUACGAAGGCGCUGAAUGGCGCUAUCUUGAAAGCCAGAGGCGAGGGCAAAAUAUUAUUUAUGGAUGCUGGAUAUUACCUAGUCACGGACACCAUCUACAUUCCUCCCGAUUCGAAGAUUGUCGGUGAAGCUCUGGCAACCGUCAUUCUUUCCAGCGGUUCGUCCUUCAAUGACAUGCAAUUUCCUCGAGCCGUCGUACAGGUCGCCCAGCCAGGCGAGGAAGGCUCCCUCGAACUCUCCGACCUGAUCGUCAGCACUCAAGGCCCGCAGCAAGGUGCAAUCCUGAUACAAUACAAUCUCCGUACCAUCGCCAGCGAGCCCUCCGGUCUUUGGGACGUCCACACCCGCAUCGGCGGCUUCAAAGGCUCCAACCUGCAGGGCGCGCAAUGCGAGAAGACACCAAACAUCACAAUCACAGCCAGCACCUUGCAAAAAGAGUGUAUUGCCGCAUACAUGUCCAUGCAUGUAACCAAAUUCGCCUCAGGCCUAUACAUGGAAAACAACUGGCUCUGGACCUCGGACCACGACCUGGACUACCCCUACGCGCAGCUCACCCUCUACGCCGGCCGCGGCCUGCUCAUUGAGAGUCUCCAGGGCCGCAUAUGGCUCUACGGAACCGCCGUCGAACACCACGUCAAAUACGAGUACCAAUUCGUCGACACGCGCAACAUCUUCAUGGGCCAGGUCCAGACGGAAACAGCAUACUACCAGCCCAACCCUGACGCAUCCCUGCCCUUCCCCGAAGACAAAAGCCUUUCUGACCCCGUCUUCACCCCAUCUCGCAACUCCUCCGUCAGUACCGCAGAUGGAUGGGGCAUGCGCAUUCUCCGCAGCAACAACAUCCUCGGGUACGGCGUGGGCUUAUACAGCUUUUUCAAUAAUUACAACACGACAUGUAACGCGAGAGCUGCGGGGUCACCAUGUCAGACGAGGAUCUUGAGUAUUGAGGGGCAGCAGAACUCUUACUCCAUCAAUAUCUACAACCUGAACACAGUGGGCGCGGGACAGAUGAUUACCAGAGAUGGAGUGGAUUUGGCGAGGAAUUUGGAUAAUAACUCUACGUUUGUGGACACGAUUAAUGUGUUUAGAAUUAACGAGUUUGGGGCGUAG